UGUAACUGUCAAGAAAAUACGAUUGAGGAAUUAAACGGAGCAAUGACAAUUAAUGAUGUUGAAGUAAGAUUUGAAUAUGGAGGUGACAAUAUUGGUCAAGGGAAUUUUGGUCUGGUUAUACAUGCUUUUGAUUAUGAUAAUAAUAAAUGUUUUGCUCUAAAAAUAUCUGAAAUUGAUGAAAGAACUGAACAUGCAGUAAGAAGAGAAUGGGAAGUUUUAAAUUAUUUUAAUACAUUGGAAGAACAACAAGGAUUUGCAGCAAGAAAUCACAUUAUUAAAAUGCAUAGAAUGUAGGUAUAAAAAAUUUGGUAUA